AUGGCCUAUCCCGAACCCACUUCCCCCGGCGGCAUGUCGUCUCGUCGACUGACCAACCGCAACACCAAUCGCUACAGCGUCACUGCUCUCUUCAGUAUGGCUGCUGAGCAGGAUGUUGAAGUCGAGGAUGAACUGGCUCGCGCCCAAAAGCGACUGCGAGAUCUCAAGGGUAAAAUAUCUGCCCAGUCCAAGAAGAACUUUGUCCUUGAGCGUGACGUUCGCUACCUUGACUCCCGUAUUGCCCUUCUCAUCCAAAAUCGAAUGGCCGCAGAUGAGCAACGCGAAGUUGAAAGAACGCUUGAAGACGUCGAUCCUACGGAAGGGCAUUACCCUGACGAUCGAAAACUCCAGCAAUACUCGAAUCUUUUUUUCCUUCUCCAAUCCGAGCCCCGCCACAUAGCCGCGCUAUGUCGCCUUGUCAGUCUUUCCGAAAUCGACACCCUCCUCCAAACCGUCAUGUUCACCCUCUAUGGCAACCAAUACGAGAGUCGCGAAGAGCAUCUCCUGCUGACAAUGUUCCAGUCUGUGUUAUCUGCGCAGUUCGAGACUGCAACAGACUUCGGUUCCCUUCUCCGUGCGAAUACCCCCGUGUCUCGAAUGAUGACGACUUAUACCCGCCGUGGUCCUGGCCAAACUUACCUCAAGAGCGUCCUGGCAGAGCGCAUCAACAGCCUGAUUGAACACAAGGAUCUCAAUCUCGAAAUCAACCCAGUCAAAGUAUAUGAGCAGUUGGUCAACCAAAUUGAAGAGGAGACCGGACAGCUUCCUCCUAACCUCCCGCGUGGUGUUCCACCAGAGGUUGCGGCCGAAAAUCCUGACGUUCAAGCCUUCAUUGCACCUCGAUUAACCAUGCUCAUGGAAAUUGCCAAUAGCUUCUUGCUUACCAUAAUAGACAGCAUGGAGAGUGUGCCGUAUGGAAUAAGGUGGAUUUGCAAGCAGAUUCGUAGUCUCACGAGGAGAAAAUACCCGGACGCAACAGACUACGCUAUCUGCUCCCUCAUCGGCGGAUUCUUCUUUCUGCGGUUCAUCAAUCCCGCUAUUGUUACGCCACAAGCAUACAUGCUGGUAGAUGGUGUCCCGGCGAAGCACCCCAGGCGAACACUAACUUUGAUUGCAAAAAUGCUCCAAAACCUGGCCAAUAAGCCGUCAUAUGCCAAGGAGGCGUACAUGAUCACCCUCAAUCCGUUUGUAGAGAACAACAAAGCGAGGAUCAACCAAUUCCUCAAUAAUCUCUGCGAGGUCGGGGACUUUUACGACACGUUGGAGAUGGAUCAAUAUAUGGCGCUCUCCAAGAAAGAUCUUGUCAUCCACAUCUCGCUCAAUGAGCUUUACAACACUCAUUCUCUGAUUCUGCAACACAUCGAAACUCUCUCACCGAACGACAAGCAACAUCUCCGAAUUCUCACUGAUGAACUUGGUGCAGCACCCGCGCAGGUGCCUCGGAAGGAGAAUAGAUCGAUUGAAUUGAAUUUGUACAGCCGGUGGGAGACACCCGUGCAAGACAUCCAAAGCGCUCUCAUGGACUCGGUGUCGUCAAGCGACAUGCUAUACAUGGAGACCAAGUCCAUAUUCGUCCAACUCAUCCGGUCAAUACCUCAUGCUGCAGAGAAACGACCCUACAACCUUGCUGCCAUUGCUGAACGGGCUGCGACAACCAAAGACCCAACACUUGUUCGCAAGGGUAUCAAAGUCAAGGAGAUGUUACGGGAGUUGGAAGAACUCAAGAUCAUUGAGCAUUCUGAUGGCUUCAAGCUUAUGCAGGACGAAGUUGCGGCGGAGCUUGUCCAUCUCGGGAAUCUGCGGGAGAAGGUUGUUCUGGAAACCAAAUCUCUAGACGCCGUCUACAAGACUAUCUGCGAUCACAACAACUACCUUCGAUCGCAGCUGGAGCAGUACAAGGCCUACCUCCAGAAUGUCCGAAUGAACGCGUCAAAGGACAAGGGCAGUACCACUGGUGUCGGCGUGGUUUCCGUUGGCGGGAAAGAGAAGAAACCAACUAAAGCUGUUGUGCUCGGGCCGUAUAGAUUCACGCAUGCCCAGCUGGAGAAGGAGGGUAUCAUUGUCGAGAGUAAUGUUCCCGACAACCGACGACCCAACAUCUAUUUCAAUAUUACAUCGCCGACGCCCGGAACCUUCAUCAUCGCCUUGCAUUACAAAGGGCGGGAGAAGGCUAUUCUCGAGAUGGAUCUAAAAAUUGACGACCUCUUGGAAAAGCAAAAGGACAACAAACAUUUGCUUGACUUGGAGUACGUUCAACUCAACGUUCCCAAAGUUCUCGGUCUCCUCAAGAAGGUUUUCGCCAAGCGGGGCUCCCACGCUCAGUUCUUUCUCUCCUUCCCUUCCCCCGGCGACCUUCAUGUUAUGGUCGCUUUCGUGGUCUUCAUACUUUCGUUCCUCUAUACGGCAACGCUAGCUCGUCGUCUAGCCACGCCUCUACCCUCUGUUUCUCUCCCUCUCCAACUGCUACCCCGGGCUAUCCAACCCGUCAACAAUGUCUCCACCUAUUCCGGAAUAACUCCCCUCUCUCCGUCUUCGGGGAUAUACUAUGCCGUCGCAGAGAUUGGAGGACUGUACUUCCGACUGGCGCUGGAUACGGGCUCCUCGGACCUGUGUUACCCGCUUCAACGACAGAGUCCCACUUUUAAAUCGGUUAACAACAACCAAACACUCUUCAGUGCAGCGUACGCCGAUAAAACUGCUGUACGCGGCUUCGUUGCAACGGAAACCGUACGACUGGCGCCGAACAUUACGGUCCAGUCCCAAGCCUUAGCCAUCGCAACGGACUGCAACCUCACAUUGUCCGAUCAAGUUUCUGGGAUCCUCGGCUUAGGUUUUCCUCGACUUUCGGGGAUUUCUGUGUCAAAUUCAACGCCAUUUUUUCCCACCCUUGCGCAGCAGGGCGUUCUGGAAUAUCCUCUCUUUGGGUUGAGCUUGGCUGGCAGUGAAAAUGGCUCUCUUUCAUUGGGCGCUAUCGACUCUCACAUCGUCACCAAUGUAUCGAGGAUUGGUUGGAAUCCGGUCGUUGAAUUUUCACCCCUUGGGACAGAGAGCAACACUUCUAGCUAUCUUCACUGGGCUAUCCCCAUGGGUCAAUUCGCCAUAAACACGACACGGCUCACACCUAUUCCAACGUAUCCUAAAAAUACCGGCAACACCUCUUUGGCUCUAUUUGACGUUGGUGCAUCUGGGAUUUUUGGCCCAUAUCAAGACGUGUCACGUAUAUUCGCGAGCAUCGACGGUUCGCGUCUAGUCAACGAAGGUCUUUGGGCUGUUCCCUGUGACACCACAGUACCUUUGAUCUUCACUUUCGGCUCGCAAGAAUACCGAAUGGACCCCACUGAUUACUUGAUUGGGCCCGCAUCCGGCAAUCCAGAAAUCUGCCUCUCUUGGCCAAUGGCAGCACGACCAAGCGGCGACGGCAUUGAUUGGCAAUUUGGCACUCCUUUCAUGCGUACUGUCUAUUCCAUAUUUAGCUAUGGAAUCAACACCAAAGAAAGCCCGCACAUUGGAUUGUAUCCUCUAAAAAACCCGAACGAACACUUGACAGCCGCAAAUGUUUCCGCCUACCUUUCAUCCAUGUCACUCGCUGUCCCAACCACGCUCCCUAAUUCUCUUAUACCUACGCCCUCCAUCUCGACCCCUGGCUAUGGAUUCAACGCAUCAGUUGCUGCUCCUACAGGGGGUGUUGUGUCUUCCGCUCUUGCAACUAGCACCUAUAGUGCUAUCUUUGGCGAAAGGAAGUCGGCUAUCGUCACAUCACUACCAAUGGUCUCUCUGGUUCCAACGCUGUCUCCUGUUAUCACCACAGAUGCGCAUGGUUCAGUCACUACGUCCACCUCGACUGUACGGCCUUCCUUCAUCCUUGGGUUGCCUAAUCAAAGUGGCGCACGUGACUUGCAUGCAACAGCUGUGUCGCAUAUCGUCUCGAUUCUGCUCCUUGCUGGACUACUCGCAUUAUAA